CUUGUGGUACGUCGCUAGGAAGUUGGGUGCACUUGAUGAUUCACGAAAUAUUGUCCGAUUUCACGAAAGAAUUAGUGUACCUGCAUUCAUCAAUUGUGGAAGCGAUGCUGCGUACCAUGAAGUUGUCCGGUCACGUCGGCUUUGACAGUCUGCCCAGCCAGCUGGUGAAUAAGUCGGUGCAAAAUGGAUUCUUGUUCAACAUCCUCUGCAUUGGCGAGACUGGGCUCGGGAAAUCGACGCUCAUGGAUUCGCUGUUCAACACGAGCUUCGAGUCCACUCCCAGCCCACAUAGUCUGCCGUCGGUGAAGCUCAAGGCGCACACCUACGAGCUGCAAGAGAGCAACGUCAGGCUGAAGCUGACUAUUGUCGACACGGUCGGUUACGGCGAUCAGAUUAACAAGGAGGACAGCUUCAAGGCGGUCGUUGACUACAUAGACGCCCAGUUUGAGGCCUACUUGCAGGAGGAAUUGAAAAUCAAACGCAACCUGGCGACCUACCACGACAACCGUAUUCACAUCUGCCUUUAUUUCAUUUGUCCCACUGGCCAUGGCUUAAAAUCCAUCGAUCUGGUGUGCAUGAAGAAACUGGACUCCAAAGUUAACGUAAUUCCAAUUAUCGCGAAGGCGGAUACGAUAUCGAAGACCGAGCUACAGAAGUUUAAGAGCAAAAUCAUAUCGGAAUUGCAAACGAACGGAAUACAGAUCUACCAGUUCCCGACCGACGACGAGAGCGUGGCGGACAUAAAUGUCACUAUGAACACUCACGUGCCGUUCGCCGUCGUCGGCAGCACCGAUUUCAUCCGCAUAGGCAACAAGAUGAUGCGUUCCCGUCAGUAUCCGUGGGGCACGGUACAAGUCGAGAACGAGUCUCAUUGUGACUUCGUGAAAUUACGGGAGAUGCUGAUAAGCACCAAUAUGGAGGACAUGCGCGAGAAAACGCACUGCCGUCACUACGAACUUUACCGCAAAAGAAGAUUGGAGCAGAUGGGCUUCAGCGAUGUUGACAGUGACAACAAGCCAGUGAGUUUCCAGCAGACGUGUGAAGCGAAGCGGUCGAUCCACUUGCAGGAGUUGCAGCAGAAGGAGGACGAGAUGCGGCAGAUGUUCGUGGCGCGAGUGAAGGAGAAGGAAGCCGAGCUGAAGGAAACGGAGAAAGAGUUGCACAAUAAGUUUGACAAGUUGAAAAAAGAUCACGCGGAGGACAAGAAAAAGUUGGAGGAAAAUCGCAAGAAAUUGGAGGAUGACAUACUGGAGUUUAACAGACGAAAGGCGCAAUUCGCGCAACAGCCGCAGCAUCACACGCUCACGCUGGGCAAGAGUAAGAAGAAGUGAACGGCGCCUCGCCGUAAGAUACCUUUUUAUACCAUCGAAAGACAUGGCCGUGCAUUUUAAUUGCAUCGUUAUCAAUAAUAGUAUUACUAUUUUAAUAAUUGUACGUAUACCUGAUCUUGUAUCUCUUUAUUUUAGUAUUAUUUUAUCUUUUAUAAUGGAAUAUUCACUUAUAUGCAUAUAUACCAAAAAGUUUUUUAAGGAUACGCUCUAAGUCAUAUAUUCCAACGUGGAAGGAUAUUAAAAAAAAAAGAUAGUUUAAGCAAACUUUUACUUAAUAUUAUUAAUUUCUACUUAAUUUGCCUUUGUACGAAAUGUAUAUUUAGUAUGCAAAUAAAAAUAGGAUAUCUCACUCCGCCGGUACA